AACAAAUGUCAACAAAAGAAACAAUGACCUUUGUAAUAUUUAAUAAAUUGAUUUUUACGAAAAAACUAUGAUAACCAGAAGCAAAAAUUGAUCCGUAAUGGCAAGUGCAAGUUGUAUAUUUUGCAAAAUUAUAUCGGGCAGUGCUCCGGCGACGAAAUUAUUCGAAAACGAGGAAUUUGUAGCUUUCAAAGACAUCAAACCCGCUGCUAAUUUUCAUUGUUUAGUCAUUCCAAAGCAACAUAUAUUGAAUAUUAAAUCAUUAAGCACUCAUGAAGAUAAAUUGCUAGUUGAAAGAAUGAUGCAAGUCGGUAAGAGAAUUUUAGAAGAAAAUAACGGCAAUUUGAAUGAUUUACGAUUGGGAUUUCACUGUCCCCCGUUUAAUUCCGUGGGACAUCUCCAUAUGCACGUAAUAUCUCCGGCCUCCGAGAUGAGCCUUUACAAUAAAUUGAUAUUUCAACCUAACACUUACUGGUUUCAAAGCGCGGAAGACACUUUAAAUCAAUUAAAUAAUAAAUUGUGAGUUCUUUAUGAGGAUUUUAAUGGUCAACUAAAUUAUUUAUCUAAACCGUGAAAUGUUUAAUAUACCUAUUAGUAGACUUCUUUUAUAAAUAAGUAAGUUAUUGAUAUAGUGGUUUUACUAUUAUAAUGCUUCAAAACGUUUUUAAUACUAUACAAAAAUUAACAUUUUAUAUAUUUCUUAGAGUUUAAUGUUAUCUGCUACACCAUAAAUAUACCCAUUUCCUUUUUAUUAUAGUUUCUACUUCCUUAAAUUUGUAAAAAGCCUUAAAAAUACCUAAAAUUCUAAAAUUUUGACAACAAAUUAAACUUUUGUUAUAAAAAACAGUUG